AUGGCUCCCGGGAGCAUUGCCUCCAGUGACUCCUCGACCUCCUCGUCCUCCACGACCUCCAUGGCGGGGUUGCCUGGGUCGUCUGGGACUGAAAAGCCAGGCACGAGCCGAGGCGGCGUCCCAGCGCCGCGCCGCCACCCUCCCGUGCUGCGCAUGGUGCUGGAGGCGCUGCAGGCGGGGGAGCGGCGCCGGGGCACCUCGGUGGCGGCCAUCAAGGUGUACAUCCUGCAGAAGUACCCCACGGUGGACCUCAUCCGGCUCAAGUACCUGCUGAAGCAGGCCCUGGCCACGGGCAUGCGCCGCGGCCUCCUUGUCAGGCCCCUCAACUCCAAGGCCAAGGGGGCGACCGGCAGCUUCAAAUUGGUCCCCAAGCACAAAAGGAAAAUCCAACCCAGGAAGACAUCCGCCAUGACGGCCCGCAGGAGACCCGGUGAGGCUGAGGUGAAGGGCCCCAAGAAACCAAGCGAGGCAAAGAAGGACCCUCCCAAUGCAGGCGAGAUGAAAAAGCGACCCAGGAGGGCAGGGGACGUGAGGACGGCUCCCUCCAAACCAGGUGCAGCUGAAGAGAAGGCCCCCAAGAAAGGCAGCCAGACCCAGGACCAAGAGGCAAGACUGGGCGAGGCCAGGAAGGCCCCCAGACAGCCAGACAAGGCCAGGCGGGCCCCUCCCAGUGCCCGGGGGCCUGGCGGGAAGUCAAAGGUCAAAGGCAGAAGCAGCCAAGGUAGGUAUGCUGAGGCCCACAGAGAAACAAAAGAUGGGAGUCAGAGUUCAAAACCCACGGUCACCAAGGGCGAGAGAGGUGCUGCUUGCCCAGCCAGAAAGAAGAUGGAGAACAAGGUCCCUAAGGAGGCCGCUGCCCAUGGGGCCAGGGCGGGGCCGAGAGCUAGGCCCACUGCUCCUCCUAAGGGCAGUGCAUCCAAGACCAUGCCUGCACCAUUGGCUGGGGAGAUGGAGGCCCACAAGGACCCGAGAAGGCGUUGUAUGCCCACCAAGGCCUCGUCGUCCAAAGCGGCCAGUAAGAAGACAGAGCCAAGAGCUAGGGGUGUGCUGGGGAGAGACAGAGAUUCUGCUUGA